AUGCUCCAGGCGAGGGGUUUCUUGCCCGGCUUUUCAGCGGCGCUGCGGGAGCGCCCCGAAUCGGGAGGUUCACGUGGAUCCUCUCGGUCUCUCUCGGCUGGCUCGGCUUGCCCCGGCGCACCGGACCAAGAAAUGCCUGUGGUGAGUUUUGACCGUACUGAAAUCUGCGCAAAAAAUCUGAGGCAUGAUAAAUUACCUUUUUCAGGAUCAAAGCCCCUUCCUCGCUACGGAUAUAAGCCUUCACCACCAAAUGGUUGUGGAUCGCCUUUAUUUGGAGUUCAGUUUGACAUUGGUAUCCCUUCGAUGACAAAGUGCUGCAAUCACCACGACAGAUGCUAUGAUACUUGUGGCAAUAAAAAAAAUGAUUGUGAUGAGCAGUUUCAGUCCUGCCUCUCCAAAAUUUGCAGAGAUGUGCAGAAAACACUUGGAAUCUCAGAGAGUGUCCAGGCUUGUGAAUCAACUGUUCAGCUGUUGUUUGAUGCGGUUAUACAUUUAGGAUGUAAACCAUACCUGGAUAGCCAGAGAGCUGCAUGUAUGUGUCGUUAUGAGGAUAAGACAGAUCUCUGAAAGAAGAUCCUGGGAUCUCAUGGUGUGGAAUAAAGUCCAAGAUUCAGCUGGAAUGAAGCAAGUGUUUGGGUACAAAGCUUUAUGCUUUUCAGACAGUAAUAUAUUAAACACUGACACGAAUAUACUGGUUUGAAAGGCACUAUGAUAUUCUUCCUAUUGUAGAAAGGAAACACGCCUUCCUUCUCUUCCCCUUUACGCCAGAAGCUUGGAAACUGAAAUUCGUUUCCUUUGGUGUACAUCUGCUCAGGGUAUGCUAUCAUAAAACACUAGUGCCAUUUUAAAAUUUUUAAGAAAACUCCAAAUCAGAAGUGCAGAAGAGUUGUAUUGAAUUCUCAGAUGAUUUUUAAUACGUCAUAUUUUAGGUUUACUAGCAGUUGAUGCGUCUGAUAGAUCCAACAGGAAAGACUGUUUUCUGUGCAUUAACGUGGCAUCUUAAAUAGCCUGUACUUUCAUGCUUCUGGUACAGUUGCCUUCAGGUCUCCCUGAUGCAUGCUGUCCCAUGGGUUUGUUUUUAAAAAAACAAAAACAAACAAACAAGAAAGCCCAAACCCUUAGCAAGGGUAUACAUCUGCACUACAUCGUUCUACCUGAUUCUAUAUCAACCUUACUUCUGCAGCACUUUUCAGAUCAAAUAUGUUGAUCCUUUUAAGGCUUGACCAUUAAAAUGAACACUUUGCAACCUAAGGAUAUCUGUUUGAUUUGACAAAAUGGUGGAAUGUAGUUGCUAUGUUAUUUUAAAAAUGAAUCAAAUGUUUAUUUUUCAAAUAAAACAUUUUGUGUUGUGUAUUAUAUGCAUAAAAAGGAUGUAUUAUUCAAAGAAGUUGAUUUGUAUUUGUCUUGUGGCACAACUUGGUUACUGCAUUCAUCUUCGCUUUCAUUUAGUCCAUUCUAAUGAAAAGUAAAAGAAAGUUCCCCAGAUAGGGUCAGUAUGCCCAACAAACCUUUUUAUUUAAAAUGCCCUCCACGAGGCUGACAGAUAUUUGAGCCUGUAUUUCUGUCAUCUGUUCCCAUGACCUCUGUGAGGCUGAGAAACAUCCAAGCCUGUACUUCUGUCAUCUGUUCCAUCUCCGACUUCUCUAGCUGUGUCCUGGUUUUGGCUGGGAUAGAGUUAAUUUUCUUCCCCGUAGCUGGCAUAGUGCUGUGUUCUGGAUUUAGUACGAGAAUAAUGUUGAUAACACACUGAUGUUUUAGUUGUUGCUAAGCAGUGCUUAGAUUUAAGGACUUGCAGCUUCCCAUACUCUGCCAGGUGCACAAGAAGGUGGGAGGGGGCACAGGCAGGACAGCUGGCCCAAACUGGCCGAAGAGGUAUUCCAUACCAUAUGACAUCAUGCUGAACAAAAAACAUGGGGGAACUGGUGGGGGGCAAGGGAGGUGCAGCCACUGCUCAGGAACUGGCUGGGCAUCGGUCAGCAGAUGGUGAACAGCUGCAUUG